UAAAUAAUCCGUGAAUUUGCGUGGUCUACAGCGUAUGUGAACAGAGACAGCAUGCAGUCGGCCACAGACUGCGCCAUUUCCAAAGAGCCAGACGCAGAACAAAGACCGCCCUCACACUACAAUCGCAGACUGCUACCGACAAAACUCAGAAUAAAGACAGCCCUGAGACUCCGCCACCUAAUUUCCAAACGACCUGCUUCAAAAGAAAGGGAGUCUAGAGCCCACAUCUUAGCGAAUUACUGAUGUGUGUUCUUCUUCUUCACGGCACAAGGACCUAUCUGGCGAGCAAUUUAGAUGUCUCGGGGAAAAAAAACCUACCUCCACUAGAAUCUGUAUGGAUGAAUGCUUAGCCUACUCAGCUUCCCCGAGAGGAACACGAGAGAUGGUCUUCUAAAGUGAACAAAGCCUGAGAAGAAAGAUGAUAAAAAGCGCAACAAGACUUUGUGCCGGCAGCCGACUAAAGCCCUCGCCACGAGGACGUUGUUGACCUCCUCACAUUUGUUACGUCACCUGUGUGAACGCCCUGUCUACGUAACUGCACGUGAAAUAGGUGACAUCAUUUAACCCCGUUUGACAUUAGCCACGGCCCCUGUUUUUUACAAGAUUGUCAUUACAGAGCGAAGUAUUUACAGCUCUGUCAGAAGGCCAAACCAGAUUUUAACUCCAGCACGCGAAAGGUCUCGAGAGAUUUUCCCGAUGGCUGAGGGUGGAUUGGCAGAGGAGCCUGGAAGUGGCAGGAAAUCAGACACAAAGAAGGGGCCAGAAAAUGACGUGAAGUCUGUCAAGUUGUGUAAAGGGUGCCUAAAGCAGCCAGAAGGAAAUAAAAGUGAAAAAGCAAGGCAACAAGAGGCACCUAACUGCAACGGGAAGCAGACAGCAUCUAUAAUGAAAGGGAAGAUGACUGUGUCUCAUUCCAAGUUCCAGUACUACAGACACAACUAUUGCCUUAUAUGUAUGACUGGGCUGCUUGGCUGCAGAUGGCAUCGUUAUCAGCAGUCCACACGUGACAACAGAAAGAGAGACACAUUGUGGUUUGCUGUUUUGGCAGUGGUGUUUCUCUACAUCUUAUUUUAUUUCUACUUUUGGCUAAUAGCAGAUAACGACUAUAAUGACUUGGAAUGGUUUAUGUUUGGAAAGCUGAAGAAGUGGGUGCCGUGGUACAAGAUCAUGUUAGCUCUUGUGUGCACAACCUUUUCCUACUUUGUCUUGCUCAUGGUGCUAAGCCUUUGCCAUUUUGGUCAUGGUCAUCAAGUGUACAUCCACCCUGUUCAUCUGGUGAUGGUUUUUUUGAGUCUUGCUGCUUGUGUUGCCAUCACAGUCAUCAUCGAUGAUAUGUGGAAUCAGGAAUGGAAGACAAUUUACUUUUCCUUUCAGAUCUGGGGGCCUUUUUUACAAAUUGGAGCAGUUCUUUUACUGACAUCUUUAACAUGGCUCAUCUCAUACAGCUGGUACAAACUCUCACAUAAAGGGUGGCAGUUACUGUGGCUAUUUGUAUUCUUGGGGCUGACUGUGGUAUUGUAUACAGUGCCCCUCUACAUACACUGCCCAUGUUUAACAUCAUCUGUGCCACCCAAACCUCGAUUGUUUGGCCAUCGAGGGGCAGAAGGGAUUGCUCCAGAAAACACUAUGAUGUCAUUUCAGAAAGCAGCGAAGGCUGGCCUGUAUGGACUGGAGAGUGAUGUGAAAAUAAGCAAUGAUGGUGUUCCCUUUCUGCAUCAUGAUGAUACGCUGCAGAGAACAACAGAUGUCGCCUCAGUAUUUCCUGACAGAGCAAAUCAUGACUGCAGCAUGUUCAAUCUGUCUGAGCUUCAGCUGCUUAAUGCUGGCAGCUGGUUUUUAGAGGAAGAUCCAUUUGGUACAGCUGGAAGUUUGUCAGAUGAAGAUCGUGAGAUGAUUAGACAGCAAAAGAUUCCCACACUGGCACAGUUUCUGGAUUUUGCCAAUGAAACCAACAAGGCUGUCAUGUUUGAUGUGCGAUUACCUCCCUGGGGGCAUCCAUAUGCUUCUUGCCUUGACAUUGUCAUUCAGACAGUCAAGAAUUCUUCUUUUGAUGUAUCUAAACUUUACUGGCUGGUUAAUAACAAGUCACAGCCUGCACCUCCAGGAGCAUAUCUGACACUGGGAUUAGAAGCAGACUGGACAUUGUCAAGUGUCCAAAAACACAACCUAACGAGUGUCAACACACCCUACUUUAAAGUUAAGGAGCAGGACUUCAGAGAUGUGUUGGAUAACAACAUCAGUACUAAUGUCUGGACGAUCGACUCCCCUUGGUUUUUCUCCUACUUUUGGUGCUUGGGAAGUACAUCUGUUACCACUCGUCGCAUUGAUUGGCUAGCUCCGAUGUCGAAUCCAACUUGGACCAUGUCCCCCACUGGUUAUCGGAUUCUUUGGAUUACUGUGGAUGUGAUAUCUGGUGUUAUCAUCAUCAUCAUUUUUAUUGCACAAAGAAUUAGACUGUUCGGAACUCCAUUUAAUCCUGAAUCUAUCUCCUUGACUGCGGCACGCAAAGCUUGCAUAGACCGUUCUCGAAACAUGAAAGAGAAACUGCUGCGUGAUGGCAUUAUUGACCCAGUAGAUGACCCUGAAGGUCAGGGUGCAGGGGUUGUGAACCAUCCAGCAGCCUAUUCCAUGUCGUCACUUCCUACCCCACCAUUUGAGGAUCCUCCUGCAUUGCAAGGAGGACCCAUAACUGAGCCAGACAGGAGAUAUAAUGUGGAGUGAUCUCUCUUAAAAAUGAGUAUUGGGAAUAUUUUUUGCUUGUGGAUAAACUUUAUGACAGGUUUAAAAGGAUUAUUUUGUUAUUUGUCAUUUUCUUUGUACUGUUCUCUUUCUGUCACACACACAUACUCAAGUAUGUGCACUUACAAUAACAAAAUAUAAAUGUUAUAUUGCAUUUAAACCCAUUCCUGGUCCUAAUCCAAAAUUGCUAUUUUAAACAUUGAUUUUUGCUAAGAUUAUAUGUGACCAGGAGUUUGAGUUUUAGGUUAGGAUCCAGCUAAGGCCUGUUCUUAUCCUCGCGGGGCCCGAGGCAUAGCGUAUGUGCGGGGCUCUUGACACCACGAUCACCACUGUUUAAGGAAAAUAUUAAUGUGCAUGGAAGCAUAUUGAUAAUAUAUAAGUGUGAUCAUGACCGCUGGUAACCCUACAGAUACCUCAUCUGAAUGCCCCUAAGCACAUCUCUGGGCCUAACCACUUGUCAGGUAGAUCCUUGAAUAUCUCAACCAAAAUUUGUCUUUAACUGUUAAUGAAUAAUUUUGAUUCAGUUUGUUUUGUAAGCAUACUAAUGCAGCAUGCUGUUAAUAAUUUUGUUGAAUACCAGUUUUGUUGGUGUUUUUGAAGGGCAAAUCGGGUGUGUUGCAAUGACAGAUAUGUUAGUAGAAAUGAGAUGAUUAAAUACUUUCUGACUUGAUACACUAUUUUCUGUUCAAAUUGCUUGUCAGAAAAAAAUUUUCCACAUUAGUGGGAGAAUCACAAAUGAAAAUACUCUGGCUAUAGGUGGUUGUUCAGGAAAGGAGUUUAGCAGAGGAAGAACAGGACAUAUACCUUUGAAGUUACUAUAUUUAUUGAGGAGAGAUCAAGACUAAUAUCAUUCACGUGAUAUGUAUCUAGCAUUGAUUAAAUAUAAUUGUGUUUACUUUGGUACAAUCCAAAUAGCUUGCACAAAUUUGAAGCCACCCAGGAAAUUUCCUCAUGAGUUUUCUUCCUUUCCUUGACACUCAUUUCUGCUUAGAAAAUAAAUGUGUGCAUGUCAUAGUAGCAAGCAGUUGAGUUUAUUUUUUAACAUCUCACCAUCAAAAUGUAAUGACAACCAGCACGACCAAAAAAGUGGGAGGCUGUGCAAACUUUUUGAGAGAAUAAUUUGGAAACACAAAACAUAAGGGACGAAACUGAACAUUCUACAUUGCUUAGCUGUUCAUGAUAUCCACAUGAUUCCCUCCACUUACGCUCCCCAAAGCAUUGAGUUUUAUGCAAGGUAACUUAAACUAAAAUUGUGACAUUGGUGGCGUUCAUAUCGUGAAAAAAAAAAAUGUCGUAUUUUCAAAACUUGUUUAUGCUAUGUUCACUUACAGCUUUCCUUUAUGACUAAGCUGUGUAGCAUCAUUGGUUGCUAACUAGAAUUUUAUGUCAUUACACAGCUUCAUUGUUGUGCUAGUGAAUGAGCACCCUACACACAGUGUUAUUUGCUGUAUAAUACUGUUGCAUCAGUAGGCAGUGAACAUAGAUUGGGUGUCAACUAUCAUUGAUUGAGAGACAGUGUAUUAAAGAUUAAAAGAGGUGAAUCUUAUUAGGGUGAUUGUGGUACAAGAAUGGGCUGCCUGUAUCUGUCAUUCUCUGGGGUAUGGGAGGAAGGAUGCAUGCUUGCGUUGGUGUCUUUAUGUCCUGCUGGAUGUCAGAGUGAAUAUGAUAAAUUGUGGCUUCUUGGACAUCAGUCCAUGUCUAUCACUAAAGCGAUAUACUCAUAUGAUCAUAUUCAGCUGUUUUUGUUCUGUUUAAGUAUUUGCACACAAAGAAACAUAUCAGCAUUUUAGCACCCUGUGAAUAAUUGAUCUAAUUUAUUAUUUACAUACUCGACUGUUGAACUUAAGUAUACUUGUGGCCUUUGGCUUGGGCUUACAAUUUUUGUACUUGCUGAAUCUGAAGAUGAGUAUCAUUGGAGGGGUGGGAUGCACAUCUUAGCUCUUCUCUGAUUCCGGGCAAUAUUUUGUCUAUGGCUUUUGACAAUAUUUUUAUAUUACAAAUUUCAGAUUUGAUGAAAUAUUUGCCAGUUUUCACAAGCGAGCUUGCUUGUUGAUUUUGUACAAAUAUGAUAUGUUGCAUGUUGACCUUGUGUAUACAGUGAGCUGAAGUGGUUCCAUUCUGCAAAUGUAUCUGAAUUUGGUUUUUACCUUUUACUUCAUGUCUUAUGCAGUCUAUGGGUGUUGAGCAUAUAUAUGUAUGUGAGAAAGAGAUGAGGAGGCAAAGUUUGUCGUGUAAUGUAUUUAUGGUGUAUCAGCCUACCAAAUACCAUUUUUUUUACAAAAUUUGGUAAGAAAUAUAAGUAUAUUUGUCAGUAUCUUUUUUGUUGCAUCACAUAGGGUCUUACAAGUGGAUAAAAAUUUGCUUUGCUUUCCUUUUCUCAUCAGAUAAAAAAUGAAGAAUAUAAUUUAAUGCCCUAGGUAAUAGAAAAUAAAGCUUAAGCUCUUGCAGGGACAUUGUCAUUCUAGGGAGGGUGAUGAACAUUAAAGUUCUCCAUUUGUGAUUGAUCUGCACCAGUGUCCACCAUAGAAGAUCUUAAAUUCUUGUGAUAAGACACUGAAAAGUAUCAGCCAGAGGAGUUAAACCUUGACAAGAGAUGUUGCCUCUUAAAAAAAAAAAAAAUUUUUUUUGAAGCAAAAUAGCAUCUCUUUAUAUGUUGUUGGGUGAAGAGAUUUUCUUGUGUGAAAACCCACACAUUUAUGGCUGUGUUUUGCAACAAAUUAAUUUCAACCAAAUUUGCAAAAUAAUGCAUUGUCAAAGUAACAUUUGGGCCAUAUUACAGGUGCAUUUUUUUGUGGGAAAUUUGGUAUUGGUGAAUGGAUUUAUUUAUUUGAUGCUUUUACUAAUUUCUUGUUGUGUCGGAUCGCGAAUUGUUGAUGUCUGUGUGCUCGUGUACACACUUAUGGACAGCUGUAUUUCAUGAAUUGUUUUUAAGUAAGUUUUUUUUUUGGUAAUCUAUGUUGGCUUCUCCUUCUGUCAUAAAACUAUUUUUUUUAAUUUCCUGCCAGCGUUCUACAGUAGCCAUCAAAGGCUGAUUAGAAAUUUUUUGAAGAUUGACAUUGUUGUGAAAGUCGGAAAAUGAUAUUCGAAGUCGUAUGUGGCCUAACCCUGAGUCAUAAUAGAAAAAGAAGUGGGUGGCCUUGACUUAGGAAAAUAGGAAAACUUAAAAUUGUUCCCUUUAUUUUCUCGCCGUUUUUUUUUUUUUUUUUUUUACUUUUGAAAUGAUGUGACUUUUUUUGCUACAAGCACAAUGUACAAGAUUAUUUGUGGGUUUUUUGUGUGUGUUGUUUCUCACUUUUUAAUGUCAACAUCCAGACAUAUUAACAUGACAACAUGGAAUGACCGCAUAUAUCUUGGGUUAUUGUAUUUUAUGUUAAUUUGCUGUUAAAUCUGUGUACAUUACCAUCAUUGUUAAGCAUAUUUAUUGAGCAAUGCAUGUAAUUUGAGAAAACUUCAAUGUUGAGGAUAGGUGGCUGGCCUUGGCUAGACGGGUCGUCUGGUUGUCAUUGUGGAAAGUGAAUGUGCUAGACACUUCGUAGCUUCACUAUUUAUUAAUGCAUAAGAGACAUGCUUUUUCAACCACCAUUAUUUAUAACAGACUUUGUGUUUUGAAGAAAACUGUCUUUUGCAAUAUUUUCUUAAAAUUGUUUUUUGCAUCCUUAAAUAUGCCCGACACCUUUUAACUUCUGAAGCUAACAGUUUGUGAAAAUCAAAACCCAGUCUUUCUCCACAAAAAUGUCAAAAUUUUCAUUUAUUAUGUAGCAAUAGUCUUAUAUCUAUAUCAGAGACUACCUGGUUUCACUAAAUGUGAGAAUCUAAGCCAAACGAUGCAGAUAACAGGUUUUUUUUUUUUUUAUUGUCAGCAUAGGCAUGUCAUUAGCUUUUCAGUCUGACAACAUACAACAUUCAUGGUUUUCUUCAAAAGGUCUCAACUUUUAACAAAACUAUAUUGGCAUUUUUUUUAUUUUUACAAAUAACAUUUAACAGCAUCUAAUGUUUGAUUCCCUCCAGUAACAAAAAAAAACCACAGCUUACAUGAGCUUUUAUUAAUGUGAAAAAGGUCUUCAAAAUAUUGCAUCUAAUCAUAAAAUUCAUUUUAAUGAUGUGUUUUUAUGGGAUAGGAUCAUCUAUCAUGCUUUAAAUAGUUUUUGACUUUGAGUGAGUCUGCCACCAUAAAAUAAUUGUGCUGCAUGCGUGCUUGAAUGAGUGAGUGAGCAGAUAAGCUAAAUGAAACAUGAUCUUUGUACAUGACACUAUGAAGAGUUGUAUUUGACCUAGGAUCUCUGUGAUAUAAAAUGUCCCUUUUUUUCACAUUAUGUCAACAUCACCCAUAGCUCACCACAAGGUUAAGUCGUACUGCAUUCAUUUAUCUUAAGGGAGUUUUUUUUUUUUUUUUUUGGUUUAUGCUGUUUUCCAUUAUUGUAAUUGUGUUUAUAUUGUUUUUAAAGCAUUCCGUUUUCAUGCUGUAAACAAGAAGAUUGUAAAUGCUGCCUGCUCGAACAAAUCAUAUGUUCAUCACCAUAUGCAUUAUGGAUGAAUAGAAAGUCCAGCAUUAUUGGUAAUCUGCAUGUAUUUAUUUAUCAAAAAUUGUCUAGACAUGGAAUAUUUCUGAAGGCCAAAUAGCUCAUAAAUAAUUUCACAUUAAAA